AUGGACCACCCAUACUACGCUGAUAGUACUGGGUUUGAGCCAGCCAGGCGCGGCUCUGUACUUUCUAUGGCUCAGCCGAUGCGGAGUGUCGGCCAGCAUGAGCUCAGUCACCGGAGGAACAGCUGUAUCAGUCCAGCCGCCGAGCUGGACGGCAAGCUACGCAAUCCCCCGAGACGUCGAGUUCCCGUGGCAUGUGAACGAUGCCGGCGAAGAAAAAUCAAGUGCAGUGGUGAUUCCGGUGACGGCCAGGGCUGCUCCAACUGCCGAGGUGCUGGCAACACAGACUGCCAAUUCUUGAGGGUGAACUCUUCGAAACUGCCAUUCAAUCAAUUCCCGUACCCUCCUACGGGAUCUGCUAUUGCGCCCUCUCCCCGGCUGGGGAUGUAUACAGCACACACGCCGGGGAAGUCAGCCCUCCAUUCUAUAGGCUCAUCCUCAGCACGAGUGCCGUUGCAGCGGACAGCAGACUACGACGUCAGUGCCAUCGAUGCCCAUGGUUUUCCACGACAGUCUGUUGGCAUGGAUAAUUCCAUCCAUUAUGACGACGAGCAGUCGGCCAACUACAACGGCCAAUCCCCAGCUUAUAUGCUCCCAAGCACCCCAUCUGGGAUGAUUGACUACGGAGUACCAGCAUGGAGUCCCAAGGCCUGGAGCUCGAUGCCCAACACUGGCAGACCUGUCAAUGGAGGGCUAUUUGCCGACCCCGAAAUCAACGGCUCCAUGAAUCCACCCGCAUAUUCCUAUGUGCUUCCAACUCAGGGGAUUCUGUCUGCAGAGAUCCCUCCAACCACCACAGCCAUGGCAGACACAACAAGUGCAGACCGAACACUCCCUACCCCCUCGACAUGUCGAAACCAAAAGCCCCAAAACAACGCCACAGGUCUGACGACCAUGCCAGAGGGGAUUCCUGGCAUGAAUCUCGCAGCCGACUUCAAGGGUCCUUUCUGGAAUCAGCGCUGCGGCACCUCUCUCGACCAAAGAACAGCAUCCAUGGCCAAUGUUCCCAGCCAUGAGCCCUACAAUACAAGCUCCCCACCACGCACCAAGUCCAGCGGCCCAGACCCAGAACUGGUGUUUGGGUAUCUGCCUAUGUCGACGACCAGCGAAGACCUAACUCCCGCGCUGUCUUCCACAGCUUCCAUCCCUUCCACCACUAGUCCCGACAACCCCCCAUACCCAGGUCUAGAGACCUUGGACUCUUCCUCGGCGGCUGACUACCGCACGCCACCGGCAGGCACUAGGUUGGCACGCAGCUUCUCUCGAGAACAGCACAACGCCGGACAGCGGCUGCUGGCCCUCACGACGGACUGCACGCCCGAAAUCUACGGGUACACCAGCAGCGAAAAGACCAAAGCCCGGGCUGCAGAUGGAGCAGAUGCACGAUGCUCGGCCUCGACGCUCAUGAACGGCUUGCCCUACACCCGGGUCCGACACCCGGACACCCCCGGCGCGUUCUCGUUCAACCUACUGCCGGAUACGCUGCCGGAAUAUCACCGGCCCCUGGUCGAGAAUGUCCACCGGGCAUCUGUCUCGCCGUUGGGCCACCAAGCCUACUAG